GCCGUAUGAGAGAUGAUGUAUCGAGCGGCUGAAGCUCUAACGUUUUUUGUGACGAUCAUCUUCAACUGAGUCGUGGCAUUAUGGCUGAGGAAACUCUGCACAUGGUUGUUGCCGCCAUCGAUGCCACCAUCAUCGGAGGGUGAGAACGAGAACGAUCUGUACAGUAUGGAAGCAAACAAUAGUCAGAGUCUGCUGUUGCAAAGAGAGACAACAUAUAACCACCACAGCAAUAGCCACAACUUCUGCUCAAGAAGACAAGAUUCUAUUAUGUUCUUGGACACCAAUAACUUCAAUUUCUCUCAUGAAGCCUUUCCCUCCAACUUGAUCUACGCUCCCUUGAUUCCAGUUCUACUCAGCUUCCUUCAAAUACAAAGUUCAGCUACCAGUCUUUCACCAUUCAAACUUCAUCCCAUAAUCUUUGAGGCUUCUAUCAUAUGCUCUGUAGCAUAUUACUUCAUUGUAGCAAUGAAGUUCUUGUUUCGUGGUUUCGCUUCUCGGUUUGGAGUGCUCGUGCCAGCAUCUAGCUCUGUGGCUGUUGCCCUUUUGAUAUGUCUGAUUCUGCAGCUUACACGGCGGUCCGUCUUCAUUAUUUUGUUACUUUUGGGUGGAUUCUUGAAGUUUCUCAACGAAAUUCACAAAGGAAAAGGUGAUAAACGACGUGGUUCCCAAUCAAGAGCCAGAGAAUUACCAUUCUUACCACUACAUGAUAUUAAUGUUAUAUCCGACCGCUUGAGCAUUCAAGAUUGACUGAAAAAAACUCUUUCUAGCUUUCCCUGUCUUUCUACUGGCACACAGGCC